CGUUGAAUCAUCUGUGACUUUAUAAAGAAAAAAAAAUCCGGACCAUAGACUCUGCAUGUCUUAUAAAAAAAUGGCGAUUGUUAAAUUUUUGUUGAGAGUUUGAAAGCACAAUCCUCAAGCACAUAUUUAAAGUUUAAAUAUCUGUUGGUGAAACUGUGAACAUAUAUCCUAAAAAUGGCUGACGCUUUGGUAGAGCGGAGACCUACCGCUCGGUUUUUCUGCCACAGGUGUAACAUUGAAUUCGAAGAUGUUUUGCAGGAUUAUACAUGCCCAUACUGCGCAAGUGGUUUCAUCGAACAGCUUGAGAAUGAGACAGAGGGCCUGGCAUUGUCAGGAGACGACUUCAGCGAUGCAGACAUGAGCAAUAUUGAUGAUAUGAGCAAUAUCGAUGACAUGAGCAACCUGGACGACUCAGACGACAUUCACCAUUUGUCACAAGGCACCCCUCCAAUGUUGAACGAUCUAGCAUUCCUAAUGUCAGGCGGCCGAUUACGCGGCGCGGGUCGGCGCGAGACGCUGAUGGAGCAGCUGGUGUGGAUGAUCGGCGGCGCGCGGGCGGGCGCGGGCGCGGUGACGGCCGGCGCGCCCUUCGUGCUGGUGGGCGCGCCCGGCGACUACGUGUUUGGCGGUGAAGGUCUCGACGCAGUAGUAACACAAUUGCUAGGACAGCUAGAAAAUGCAGGGCCUCCGCCCCUACCCCGGGAACAGAUAGCAGCCCUGCCUUCAGUCGUCGUCACUGAAGAACAAGUCGCCGCCAACACAUCGUGUUCUGUCUGCUGGGAGAACUUUCAGUCUGGCGAGUCAGUAUCUCGGUUAGAGUGCGACCACAUCUUCCACGCGAACUGCAUUACACCGUGGCUGCAGCUACACGCCACGUGUCCCAUCUGCCGGCGCUCGCUGCUGCCCGAGGAGGCGGCGGACGCGGCCGAGCCCGCGCCCGCGCCGCCGCCCACUGCGGCCACCGACACCAGCGCCAGCGCCACCACCACCGGCGCCACCACGCCCUCCACACAGGCCCCGCCCACCGACACCUCCGCCAGCCAGUACCGUGAGUCCUUAUCGUCGCUGACGCAGCUGCUGGUGCGGCGGCUGCCGCGGCGCGGGCUGGCGGGCUGGGCGGGGCUGGCGGAGUCCAGCAGCUCGUCGGGCAGCAUGUCCACGGCGUCGUCGGUGACGGCGGGCGGGGUGUGGGCGCCGCCCUCCAACACCAACUCGUCGACGUCGAACUCGUCGUCGUCGCUGAACUCGGCGGAGCGCGAGCGGCAGUACAACAUGGACAUCGACUUCGACUAGCUCCGCGCCGCUCUGCGCGCCUGGUACUGUGAUGUGAUCGUGAUACGACAUUGUUCGAUAGUAAGUUGAAGCGUUUAUUUUUUUAUUUAUGUCGAAAUUGAUGAUAAUAUUUUUCAUAGUGUCACAUAAAUAUGAUUGUACGAGAUCUAUGUAUAAAAUAUAUAGUUAUACCAUUAAAAGUUCUUACAUUCUAGAUAAUACAUCAGCAUAUAAAGGAUCAGUCGGAGUUGUGUGCCUUUGAUUUGUAUUGCAGUGUAGUGUAACAUUUCCAUACGAGAAGACACAGUGGAUGUUUUUCGAAUGUCACAUGCUAUCAUAAAACAGUCGUAUGACAGAGACAAUGGGCGGUGUACAUUUAAAAAUACAUAUUAUGUAACUAAAAGUAAAUUAUUUUGCUACUGUGAAGUUAAUGGAUAAGUUAUUAUUUACAAAAUGUUUAGUUUUCAUCUGUGUACAAAAUUACCUGAGUGAAUAAUGAUGUUGCAUGUUUGUUAAACGCAAUUUUCUUAUUGCAUUGAUUUUAUUCUUUUGUAAAUUUUGUAAAUAAGCAUGUAAGUUUAAGAACUUUGCUAUAAGCUGUAGUAUAUUUAAUACUCAGAUAAAUAGCUGAAUAUAUAUUUCGCCAAAUGAUGUGAUUUUAAAUUGGGUUAAUCGAUAUAAGGGGAUCCUUUUACUACAUGUUUCUAUAAUCAUCUAGUUAUCCAAAUACUUUAGACCUUAAAGGGAUAUUCCAUCUAUGUUGACAAUGCAAGAAUCUUUGAAUUGAUUAAGCACAUAUUUUUUUUGUAUAUAGUGAAUGAGUUCUAAAGAAUAAUACUUUUAUUUUCUGCUUUUGGAAGAAGUGUUUUUUUUUAUAGUGCUGACCUUUUUAUAUGAGCCGCUUUUAACUGGGGAGCAUGCUCGCUACUGAGGACUUAGUGAGUGUGGCAGACGUUAGACGUAGUGUGUGUAGCGUAGCCUACAGUACGCGUGUGUGUGGCGGCCCUAGGCCCGCGUCACACCCAGCGGUUGUGAGAGAAUGAGUACAUUAAAUUAUUUUAUUAUUAAAACUUUAUUUCGACUGAGUGCUGUAUGUAUUCUGUUCUGUUUGCGGUUUGCUCAAGUGUACAAUGAUAAACAAUGGGAUUGAAAAUGUCAUUAAACUACUAACACGUAAGAUUACGUCCAGUCUGUAAGUAGUGGAGUAGUUGCGAGUUGUAGAUGAACACUACUUGUGCUAAGAUAAGACGACUCUACGGAGUGGAAAUGUGUGACCUAUUGAACAUUGAGAUGUCGUGUCGAUCUUAUUUUUGUAAUACGCACUAGGCAGGGACAAUCCUGGUAGAGAUAUCGGGGAGUUUUAUUAAUUCUACAAUGAUACCAGAGUGAGAAGUUUUUAUGAAGAUAUAUUUCAAUAGGAAUGGCAUAGUUGAUAUACUAGUGUUACUUAAUCGAGUUUGUUGAGUAUAUUUGUAAAUAGGCGGGCGCGGGCUCGAGUGCAGCGGGCUCGGGGCCGACGGGCGGCGUGACGUCACACGAGCCCCGCCCGCCUGCUGAUGUAAGGCAAACCGAGCAGCUCACAGCGAGACACCAACACUUCUCAAAGCUAACAAUACUCGAUGUUCCUAUCCAACUUAGGUUACUUACUAGUGUCGAUUGGACAGAUGUGUCACCGGGCCGAGCCGACUGCAUUACUGACCCUCACAUACAAAUCGGAGACGCGAUAAAUUUCCCAUAAUAUUAGAAUGUAUAAAAUUAUAUCUUGCCUAAUUACUGUAACACUGUGUAAGGUAGAAAUCAUUAUCAUACUUAGGCUCUUGGUGAUCCAUGUGUCUCAAAAUAUGCAUUUCAAAUUUUAGAUCCGGAACUAUCUGGGUCUUAAGACUGAUCUCUUAAGUGUUAAUGCUUAAGGUAUAUAAAAUUUGAAAUUGUAUUUUUGUAUAAUCUUCACUUAGUCGUAGAAUAGGCCUAAAAUUCGGAGCAUUAGGUUUGACACUGAAUCUGUGUCCUAAGAACUCGAGGUUAUAGUUGACAGGGGCAGUCGCAUCGCUUAUGAAGUAUUUCCACCUGGUUCAUAUUUAUUGGUAGGUAGGUCGGAACACACCAGUUGUAAGCAAAUUACGGUUGAAAACAAUUAAUUUGAUAUGGAACUUUGUGGUGUGGGCGAGCGUUAUCUAGGUCGAUGUCAGCAGGUGUUUGUAGUGAAAACACAUUAGGAUUUCCGAUCGUCGAUACCGAUAGCUGCAUUUCUGUACUUCGGACUAUCGAUUCGAAUAAAUAUUUAAUGCAAACCUUUCGAACAUAAUCAAGGGUCGUAUAAUUAAAAGCAUAAAUUGUUGCGUACCUUAGCUGUCUUAAAUAAGUAAAUAGAUUUUUUGUUAAAUUAGUAAUCUUAUUUUGGGUUUACAUAAAAUUAACCAGGCUUUCAAUUUGUUAUGUCACUAUUAUUAAGUUAUUUAUCAUUGUACACAAUAUGAAUGCGAGAAUACAUAUUUUCAUAUUUGAAAAAUAUGGAUAUAAGUAUCUUGAAAUAUACCUAAUAUUGUAAAUACAAUAAUUGUCAUUAAAAUUCAAUAAAAAACAGUAUUCCACAAUCACCUGUCUUUUAUUAAAUAUUGUUUGUUGACUUAGAAAACUCCGUUGCUUUGUGGAAUUUAUCGCACGAACAUUUUGUUAAGAGCAGAAAAAUGUAAAAAAAUCGUGUAGUAAAGUUUUUAUUUCCUUGUUACGACUUAAAUGCAUGAAAAACCUGAAAGGUGUGAAAAAAUAGAAUGAAGCAAGAUGUUCGUGUGAUAAAACCGUAAUUUUAAUAAUUGAAUUUUGGGAUUAAAACUAAUAAUUUAUCAUUAUUUAUUUACUAUUUUAUAUUUAUCAUACAACUAAGUAGCGAGUUCGACAAAGUUCUAUAUCAAAUUAUCAACUUUUUUUUUACAUUACAUUAUGUAUAAAGGAAGUCUUAGAGGUUUGUAAAACGUUAAAUUACCAAGAAAAUGUAAAUGUAAAAAAAUAACAUAAAAAUUUAAUGUAAAGUUUGAAAAUAAAUGCAAGUAUAUUGA